AUGGCGGUUUGGACUCCUGCGUCCUUGGGGUACGGCCCCGCUUAUCUUCUCGACGGCCUUGUAAAGCAGGAUCACGAGGAUCCCGAGUGGAAAAUGUUCGUUGGAGAUGCUCAGCAUUUGGAACCGCAGUUGCACCACGACUUUGUCGUUCAGCGGCCCGACGUUGGCAGAGAUGACCAUUCCAUGCGACACGACGGGUCAAUCGCACCCAACCACGAGCGACAGCCCUACGGAUCGACCAGCUAUAGUUCCCCUCAAACUAUUCAGCAGAACGGGUCAUUCGUUGACCACUUCGAGCCACCUUCGUACGCAUCGACUAGCUAUAGUUCUUCUCAGACCGAGGGUUUCAGCACCCCGUCAUCGACACCAGCUCCUGAUCAUGCGGACGAAGCUUUCUCGCCCGGAAUCGACGAAGAUGCAUCAGGAUCUGCUUUUAUUCCGAACGAUGCCGCUGCUCAGCAAAGUGCCGUCCGACAUGAGCGACUUCCACUCGCGUACGCCGCUGAUUCACAAAACCUUUCAAGCUUGCGCGACCCGCUGUCAACGACACUACAGUCCAGUAUCGCGUCCGAACAGGCGCGCUUCGUGACGCAGCCGCCAGGCUUCGCGUACAAUGCUCCAGCCUUAACACCAUGGUUUGGUAAUGUACAUGACAUAGCGCAGGGGCCGCAUGAGUAUGUAUCAACGUCUUUGAACAGAAACGCGCUAGAUGAAGCAAGUCUCGAAACUCAAUUCCACUCCUUUCAACCAUUCCGCGGGCUUGACGAUGCCCACGACCUCGGUAGUUCACCAGCUGGCCCUGAUCAACACAUGGCUUUUCUUUCGUCAGAGCAGCUGAGACUUCAAGCGAUACCACAUCAUCAGUCCAAUCUCCUUGCGCAACAGCUCCUGGACAGCUCGGUCAAUAUUGGGGCGCAAUUUGGAAGCCCCGGUGGCACUGCGCUGCCGAAUGGGCGCAACAUCGCUUCCCCGAACGACUUCGGCGUCGAAGAUACUCUCAACGAUUGGCAAAUUGUAUCGCCAUAUACCCAAUCUCACGCGUUCCAUGACAUCACCACAUCCUCGGUAACUGGUGCAGAACACGCGAGUGCUCCCUCACCAGAAAUCACCAUACAGCCCCCAGCGAGCUCUGCUAUGAACAGGCGUACCCGAGUGCGUGUACCCUCGGAACCAAAUCCAAAUACAUCUAGGCCGAGCCAGUUUCGUGUCAAUAAGGGAGGUCGGAAGAAAGGCACAAAUCUGCCACAAGCUGUUAAGGUCAAGGCAAACCAGAUGCGCGAUUGCGCCGCGUGCUGGUGGUGUAGAUUGCAACGGAUAUCUUGCGACCGACCUGAAGGAGCGCCUUGUUCCAAGUGUAUAAUUCGAGCACCAUUGGGUACUUCGAAUUUCUUCGGAUGCGAUCGCACUAAAUUGCCCGACCUCGUUCAUGACUUUCUACCUCAUUCCGCGACCGAGAUGCACCAAAUAGAAACAGUGAAAGCUACAAUAAUGCGAGAUGUAGAUGGUUUUCUCGAUCGAGGCAUCGACGUAUCCCUCUCCUGUGGCUACGGGCCACCACUGAUCUGGAAACUGUACGAGUUUCGUCCACAAAAUGCAGCACUUCUCGAGCAGUGGCAGUAUGUGCAGGACAAGAGGACUGGUUGUACCACGCGAGUUCCAAAAUGGUCGCCGCCGCUUGGAGUCAGACAAUUCGAUGAGCUCAAUGAUGCCAAAUUCGAGAGUCACCUGACUCGGCUCUUGCACCCGAACGAGCUCAUGCACUUCGGACGAAGUUUUUACAAGGAAGAACGUCGCCGAGAUAAAGCCAUGUUCCAAGCAAAACUGCUCCAACACAUGUGUGAUCUGCACACCAACAGUGGUGAUGGCGAACUCAAGACACUAUUGACAGAAAUCUUGCGCAUGCUUCUAGUCACUUACAUCAUGGCCCAUGUGCUGACCAUCGAGCGUGAUACUGUACACAGCGUCAUGCGCUCACUGCAACGCGCAAAGCCGCCCUCCAACGUGCGAGGCAUGCAGCAUAUCUCGCCUCGUCUGGCCAAUCAACAGUUGAAGUGUUAUUUCAGCAGGAUUCGCGCCAAAAUGUAUGAGCAGCUCUUGAAACAAUUUCAAGCUAUCCUCAUCAAAUUCCUCCCUGGCGCCAAAGAGUCGACUUGGACGCAAUCCUUUUGCCUUAUGCUGGGCUUCGCAAUGGUACUCGAAGAACUGCAACAUACGCUUUUCAUACAAGCAGAUGUCUCGGCCACAAGGGGCACCGCUUCACAUGCUCAAGCAAAUCAGCAAUGCGCCGAUGCGUGCCAUCGAAUCGACGAGCGCUUUGCGCUGCUGAUCGGUAUUUAUCGAUGCAAAUAUCGUGACAAGACUUGGACAGGUCUCGGGAGCUUUGGUCCUGGUACGCCCAGGCUCGAAGAUCCAGCUUCCGAUUACUUUGCCCGCAGGGUUCGCCACUUACUUGAUCAGCGAGUCGACCACUUGAAGAAUCGCGCAAGUGUCACAUAUGCACCUGACUCGCAACAGUUCUACACGACAAGGUUGACCGCAAGGUUUCUCCUCGCUUUCCGCGAUCUGCCCCAGAUGUGA